AUCACGUUACGUAGGGUGAACGUGGACUUCCAGAAGCAGACAGUAGAUCCUGUGCAAGUCUCAUUUAACACAUUAGACAGAUCCCGGGCAAUCACAGAUCUCCUCUUAACAAUUGAUGUCACAGAGGUCGUUGAGGUGGGACACUUCUGGGGAUAUAGAAUUGAUGAAAGAAACGCCAGGAUUCUGAAAAAGCUUACCGCUGAAAUAAACCAAUUGGAAUUGGUGCCCUUGCCCAUCCACCCACAUCCAGACUUGGUCUGUCUGGCUCCCUUUGCUGAUUUUGAUAAAGAAAGAUACUUCAGAGCCCAAAUCCUUUAUGUUUCUGGGAACUCUGCUGAGGUGUUCUUUGUAGACUAUGGUAAUAGAUCUCAUGUAGAUCUGGAUCUUUUAAUGGAGAUUCCCUGUCACCUUCUUGAACUCCCAUUUCAGGCAUUGGAAUUUAAGAUUUGCAAAAUGCGCCCCUCUGCAAAGUCUCUCGUGUGUGGUGAGCACUGGAGCGGUGGGGCCAGCCAGCGGUUUGCCUCCCUGGUGAGCGGCUGCGCGCUCCUCGUCAGGGUCUUCUCUGUUGUGCACAGCGUCCUGCACGUGGAUGUGUACCGCUGCUCGGGGGCCCAGGACACUGUCAACGUAAGAGACGUCCUCAUCAAGGAGGGCUACGCCGAGCUCGCGGAGGAGUCCUAUGAGUCCAUGCAAAGCCAUGAAGCUCUCAAGGGUCUCUUCUCCAAGUCCGUAGAAAACGUGGCAGACUUGUCUACAUCAUCCCCUGUGAAGGAUGAUGAAAAGUACCUCAUCCGGGUUUUGUUAGAGAGUUUUUCUUCUAAUAAACUGGGUGCCCCCAACUGCAAGGUGAUACUUCAUGGGCCUUUUAACCCUUAUGAACUGAAGUGUCAUAGUUUGACCAGAAUAUCCAAGUUCAGAUGUGUUUGGAUUGAGAAGGAAAGCAUCAACUCUGUCAUCAUCAGCGAUGCCCCCGAGGACCUUCACCAGAGGAUGCUGGUUGCAGCUUCCCUUUCCGUCAAUGCAACGGGGUCCACCAUGCUGCUGAGAGAGACCUCUCUGAUGCCGCACGUUCCCGGCCUCCCGGCUCUCCUCAGCGCGCUCUUUGCACCGGUGAUGGAGUUAAGGGUCGAUCAGGAUGGAAAGUGCUAUACUGGAGUCCUCUGUGGUUUGGGGUGGAAUCCAACUACAGGGGCCCCGAUACUGCCAGAGCAUGACAUCGAGCUCGCGUUCGACGUUCAGUUCAACGUGGAAGAUAUCAUAGAGAUUAAUAUUCUCAGGGCUGCUAUUAACAAGCUAGUGUGUGAUGGACCAAAUGGAUUGAAGUUUCUUGGGCCAGAAAGAAUUGCACAGUUACAGGAUAAUGCUCGUCAGAAACUUCUAGGUUUGUUCUUUCAGUUGAAACCAAGACAGAGAGUUGUCCCUAGGUGGCAUGAAAAGCCAUACGAAUGGAAUCAGGUUGAUCCAAAGCUGGUCAUGGAGCAGGCUGACCGGGAGAGCAGCCGAGGAAAGAACACCUUUCUCUACCAGCUCCACAAACUGAUUGUUCUCAGCACUUAGGUGUGCCGGCAGGUUGUAACCCAGCUCCUCCCGGGGAAACUGAGACCCGCCACACAGACAGGUGGAUUAAAGGCUCCAUCUGCAGACUGACUUCUCUCUGUAUCUGAACGUUACAGUCUUUGCCCGCUGCAUCCGAAAGGUCUUCUCCAUCCCUCUUCCUCUUCCUAUGUGGGUGGUGGCUGGAGAGUGGUGUUUCUGUUCAGGUGGGAAGGAUUGGAAAGUCUAGUCUUUUCUAGAAACAGAGAAUCACUGUGUUAAAGAUUCUGGGAAAAACUGAUGAAAGAAGACUUUGUUUGGAAAAAGAGCUGUGUUUUGCUUUAAAUCUAUUAAGGUAAAUAUAAAUAGCUGAACAUGUAAGGUUCCAGUAUGUGCUAGUAUGUUCUUUUUGUUACAGUGAUUUAAUCCUGGGAUGUAGGGGGAACCAAGAUCCCCAAACCUCAGUUUACCACAAAGGAGAGCUGCAUGUUUCUCAAAACCAUGUGGCACUUUCUGUUUUUUUUUUUCUGUGAGGGAAAAUAUUUAAUUUUGGUAAAAGUAACUUCAGUUUUGUAUAUUUCACGUUUUUACCUACGUUACAAUUGUAAGUCUAAAUUUUGGAAAUCAGAUUACUUGGCAACUAGUAUAUUUAUGUUAAAGCAAUAAAAGCAUUAGACUGAG